CUAUGCUAUACUGACCUCUAGAUGGUGAUAGAGAGCAGGUUUUGAGCCUGUAAGGAAGUGUAUCAAGUACAUGAACACACUUUAGGCUGCUUACAGCGUGUAAAUAUGAUAUGUUUUUAUUGAGACAGUGUCUCACUUGAAAUUUUGGGCUCAUUGCUUAACUGAUUCUGCUUAAGACCUCCUAAAACUUCUGUACUGAAAGGUUUUACCCAGUAAAGGAUCAAGGUAGCAUGUGACCAGCUAACCAGGAAGCCAGGCUGCGUGUAUGGAGGAAUGUAGCACGGAGACACAGAUGAGGUGAACCGCCUGGAUUGCAACUAUGUGCCUGCAGUUUAUGCAUUUAUUAAUGAUUUCACACGCAAAGAACUCAGUAUAAACGUGGAGGCAUGCUUGAGUGGCUCAAGCAGAUAGUAAGGAAAGAUCAGCAAAAAACAGCCAGACCACCCAACCCAGUCACCUCUUCUAAAAUUACUUCUUGCUCUGGAACUUUUAGCAGCAGUCAUCAGAAUUAUUUGGUGCCAAAGGAGUGCUCACCACCACCACAUCCUAAUAUUUCCUGGCCUGAAAAGUGCAUCAGAUGGUCACGCCUUUACGAUGCUUAUAUCUGCCAUAGUGAGAGAGACUCUAAUUAUGCUCUAGCAUUGCUUCGUUAUUUGGAGACUCAGCCAGAGAAACUGCGUUGUUUCCUGCCAAUGAGGGACAUGUCAUUAGGAAGCCCCAUCCCAUCUGAGAUUUGUAGUGGUUUGGGGAACAGUCAUUGCUGGAUAAUGCUGCUAACUCCGGAAUUCCUCAGUGAUGACUGGUGUAAAUUUCAGAUGCACCAAGCUCUGAUAGAAUCACCUCUUUCUGAAGGUCGAUUAAUUCCUGUUAUGAUAAAUCUGGAAAUGUCUCAGUAUCCAGCUGAGCUAAGGUUUAUGCAUGCCAUCAGAUCAUGGUCCUGUGAUGACAGCGUAUUUUGUAAAAUAAGAAAUAGCAUUUUAAGUUAUAUGACAAAAACCCUGCAGACAACUGACAGUAAAACGGAAAGGCAAUCUGUGUCAAGCAGUAACAUUCUUGAAGAUAGCAACAAGACACAUAUGUCUUGCAGUAGCACACUUGAAAAAAAAUGCAAGGCAGACAAAUCUAGCACUAAUAUCGAGAAAAGCUGUGAGGCACUAACACCUGACAGUGCCAUGCAAAAAAGAAGCUCUGAUGUAUUGGAGAUAAGCAGUAACAUGCAUAAAGAGAGCUAUAAGUCACAGGAGUCCUGCAGUUAUAUGCAGAAAGUAGGCCCUGAGACUGAAAUUCUCAGCAGGGAAAUAAAUGAAAGAAGCUAUGAGACACAGGAGGCCAGUAGACAAAUGCAAGCUAUAUGCUGUGAGGCAAGUAAAUUCAUGAAGGAAAGGAAUGGUGAGGCACAGAAGAACAGUGGUACCAUGCAGGGAAGUUGGAUGUUACAGGAGACCAGCAUGGUCUGUGAAAGUAUAAGCCACAAGACCCAGAUCCUUAAUGAUAAUAAACAGAACAGUCAUGAGGCACAAAAGCCCUACAGUAGUACACAAGAAAGAAAUUGUGAUGUGCAAAAAAACCAUUAUAACAUUGAAGAUGGUAGUUUAAAAAAAGAGUGUUCCAGCCAUAACAUAAAGGCGAUGAGUUGUGAAACCUUGAAACACUUUAGUAAAAUUAAGGGGAUCAACAUUAAGUCAGACGACUGUGGAUUUAAAACCCACAAUAUGAAGAAUGAAACUCCAGAGGAAGCCAAAAAAAUACAUAAAAUAAGCUGUGAUACCCAGGAACCCAGCAGAAUGGCACAGAGAAGAAGCUGGCAGGUGCAGGACUCAACUGCUAUAAAGGAGGAAAUGACCUAUGUUCAAAACUUCGAUGCUAACACACAGGAUGCAGAAAACUUUCCUUGCAUAAACAGCACUAACAUUUAUACAAAUCAAGAGGACACACAAUUAGCCAACUGUGACAGAUAUAUGUGUGAAGGUGCCCUUGCAUUAAACCAAAGGACUGGCUCUUGCAGAUUCUUCAGGGAGGACAACAAAUGAUCUUUUAUUCCAGGGGCACACAGCCAACUAAAUCACCCAGCAAAUACCUAUGAUGUUACUAGCUGUGGUUAGGAGUAUCUCUGGAAAAUACUGCCUGCAGAGUUCAGCCAACAAUUGUCUCUGGAAAAAAUGGCUGCAGGGAAGUACCUUCUAUAGUGUUUUGCUUACUGACAUUUUGAAUGUUCAUAAAAGCUUGUCUUCCUCAAGUAAAUAUUCCCUGGAAGUUGUCAUCAAUGUUAUCUUUGUGUGUGAUGUUAAUAAAGAAGAGAAGUGUUAAAACAAA